GAGAGACCGCGAGACGUUCUAUGGUAGCGCGGUAGUUCAGUUCAGACUAACAGUCCGCGUGUUACCACGAAUCAUUGAACAGGUGCCGCGUUUUAUGCAUCUUUCUUAAAUACACUAGGUGCAUCAUAAAUGCAUCUAAAUAUUUACGCGAAUUUAAAUAAAUAAUUACAUCAAUGUUUCUCCUUCAAUUUAACUCGGUGAAGUUUAACCAACGAUAUACAUAUAUAUAUAUUUGUGAAUUAUAUGAAAUAUUAUAAAAAGAUAAAAUCUAAGAGAAGUAAAGGGGAAUCGUAAAAAGAACAAAAGAAAAAGAAAAUAAAAAGAAAUAAGAAAAGGACGAUUAGGCGUGUUACUGCGAUCGUUAUAAAUAAAAUUACUCACGAACCAACUAUGGAGUCGUCCUCAUCCAUCAAAUUUAUCUUACUUUAUUUUUGACGAUGAAGAAUUGCUCGAUUCUUUUCAUUCCAACGAACCAACUAUUCGAAAGAUUUAAAUAUAAAUUUGGUAAGAUAAUAGAAAUUUUAUCGGUACAAAAAUAGAAAGAGAGAGAGAGAGAGAGAGAGAGAGAUAGCGUACCAAAAGCAAAUUGUUCCUUCGAAGUAUGCGAAACCGUCCCGUGUUCCGGCCGUUGUUCCAUUUUAACGAUGCCUGAUAGGUCGACGCAUUGCAAUAAAUAACCAUUGAGAACGAGGUCUUCCAAAACAAAAGGUCAUAUAUUGGAAGAAUCUGUAAAGAAGAAGAAAUAGAAGCAGAUAUUUAAUGAUAUCAUUGAAUCAUCGUAGGUUGAUCUAUCAAAAAGGUGGCGGGUGUCGAUCCUAGAUUAUCGAAGGACGACGAUAUUGAGGGAAGGUUCUCAGGAACCCGGCAAAUGUGGCUCUGUGCACGGUGAGCCGAGGUUACGGGGGCCGUGGGGCCCGUGGCGGGGGUGGUGUAGGUGGUACUGGUGUUGGUAAUAGUAGCAAUAGCAGCAGUGGUGGUGUUGGUGGUGGUGGUGGUGCUGGUGCAGGUGGAAUUGGUAGUGGAUUAGGAAGUAGCAGAAGUUGCGGUGCUCGAGAUAGUGGUCGAUUCGAAAGAUCGAAAGGAGAGGCAAGCGUGCGAUUGCCAUUAAGUCCCCGCACUUUGUGCGCUCCAGGAAGCGGGGGAGGAGGGGCUGGCCCGCUCGUUGGGACCCAGACGCAUGGCCACGCUCAGCAGACUGGUGGUGGGGGGCCAGGGACUGGUGGAGGUGGCACCACCGGUACUACUGCCUCGCCCGAAGAAGUUCAGGCCCUUCAAGACGAACCAAUGCUACACGUUGAAAGACCGGCUCAACAAGGAACUUGGAUUUGCUGUGUUCCGUGUUAUUGGCUUAGGAAAAGUAAAGCCGUGCACAAGGCUUUGCUCACCUUCGCCAUGUUACUCGUUACCAGUCUACUCGUCACUAGUCCUGUUCUCUUUCUUAUCACUACUCUACCCGAAGGAGAACAACCGCGCGAUUGCGCGCCAUUGGACGAGGCCUGUAUUAGAGAACGAGACGGUCCGGAUGGAAUUUGCGAGUCGAAGGCCUGCAUGGAAGCCUCGAAAAGGAUCUUGGCUUCAAUGAAAAGAGGAGUGGAUCCUUGCAAAGACUUUUAUCAGUUUGCCUGUGGUGGUUUUCGCGAUCAACAGCCUUAUCAACCAAGCUCGAGUUUCAAUAUGUUGCAGGCUCAAAUCGACGAACGUAUUCAUAAAAUGUUAUUAAACGAAACUGAUCGAAUGGUUGGUGUAUUCGAGAAGCUGGGUCAAUUCUACGUUAGUUGUCUCGGGUUCAAGGAGAAGCCUGUCAACUUUGCACCUGUUUACGACCUUCUUCAAGAACUCGGUGGUUAUUUACCACCGAAAAGUGUCGUACCAGUUGAUAUAACACCAUUGGUCUCAGCUCUUCUUCGAGUGAACGGUGCACCCCUCUUUGAUUUGUACGUAGACGUCGAUCUUUACGAUCAUUCUAGAUCCUCCGUUUUUCUGGAUCUCCCCACCAAGUAUCAAGGGGAUGCCAUCUUUCUGGAAAAUCUGGAAGAUAUACCAAAAUGGCGUAAGACCGUGUCGAUGUAUGAGAGAAGAAAAAGAUCGGUUCAUGAAGAAAGUCAAGCGUACAUGAUGAUAAAGAAUAAGAGAGAGGAACGAAGAUCGCGCAGACUUCAAAAGAUCGUCGAAGGAAUGCUACCAAAGACGAUGAGUUCAAAAGAACGUUCCUCUGAGACGGAUUUAUUGUUGCAAUUUUGUUUGUCACUCAGUAAGAUUUAUCCGAAGCACAAGGACCUGUACAAUUGGGUAGACGUCGAUCAAAGAGUUUACGUUCCUUUCAACAUGACUUAUCUUCAGGAAAGUUUUGGUUAUAUAAGGUGGGGGACGCUGUUGAAUGCCACGUUAGGCGCUGCUACUGCCGAUUUAUUUAAUCGCAACAAAACGCUAGAUCGUGAUCGACGAUUUAACACCGACGAUCAUGUGAUCUACGUUUACGUUACCGCUCCCCGUUAUUUUCGCAGCCUUGGAAAAUUACUCAACAGAUUUUCGAGACGGAUUAUACAUAAUGGAUUGUUGCUGCUUUACGCUGCUGAUACCUUGCACGAUAUCGUCAACGUGACUGCCAGUAAGGAUUGGGAUAAUUCCUGCUACAAGUUGACAAAGAACAUUUUUGGAGAGAUUGUUGGGGCUCUAUACGUUCAACAAUACAGUUUAAAAUAUUUGGAGACUUUAGCGAAUAGAGUUGGUGGAUUAUUUGAAAGAGUUAAGGAAACUGUCGCAGAACGAAUUUUAGUUAAGCCUUGGCUCGAUGAAGAAACGAGAACGCAAGCAUUGCUUAAGCUUAGAACAUUGCAAGGAAGAUUUCACGUGUGGCCUGGUUUUCAUAACGAUACAUUAUUGGCUCGUGAUAUGGCUGACGUUGUGAUCGAUCCUGAUAAUUUUUUCUCUACGGUACUUCAUAGGUUCAAACAAAUUCGUAACGUAGAUAACAAGGUUUUACGAAAAAACUUUUCCGCAAGAUGUCGUCAUCCUUAUACAGUGAAUGCUUAUUACGAAUCAUCGACGAAUACGAUCGGAAUUCCUUUGGCCAUGAUGACUUCCUGGGCAUGGUCUUGGGAUGGUGGACCAGCUUAUGCUGCUCAUGCUACUCUUGGAUCGGUAAUAGCCCAUGAAAUACUUCAUGCCUUCGAUCUCCAUCGUCGUCGCUUGCCUCUCGAUCCUGAUCUAAACGUCGAUCAAUGGCUAUGGAUCACUACGGAAUCUUGGAAACGACUCGAGGCUAGGAUCGAGUGUGUCGCUAAGCUUUAUGCUAGAAGUUUUUGGCGUAAAGUUCAGUUUUAUGGAAAUGACGUUGCUGUUCAGUUCGAUUGGAAUGUAACGAGGAAUGAAAAUGUUGCCGAUAUUGGGGCCUUGCAAAUUUCUCAUAAAACUUGGCAUACUUUAACCAACGGAAAAGAUCGAAGCCUUCCUGGUUUGGAAGGUCUUCGACCUAGCCAACUUUUUUUCAUAAGCGCCGCCCAGACUUAUUGUUCUAACAUGACUGCCGAGGCCUAUAUCCUCUCCGUUGAACUUGAUUUUCAUACUCCUCAACCCGAAAGGGUAAACGGUAUAAUGAUGAAUUCACAUGCGUUUGCGGAAGCAUUUCGCUGUCCGAUCGGAGCUAAAAUGAAUCCGGUGAGUAAGUGCACCACGUGGUGACAAUUGGGCAAGGUGAUAAUGAUAAUUAUGGACGCCAUGAUAAUUAUGAGAUUACGUCAGUGGUAUGGACUCGGCUCAACGAAGCACGCCUUUUUUCAAGAGACCACGUCAUUUGGUAUAACAAAUAAAAAAAAAAAUAAAAAAAAAUAAUAAAAAAAUAUAAAAAGGAAAAGAAACGCAAGAAAAAAAAGAAAACAAAAGCUUUUAAAGGAAGAAGCUUUUUCGGCAAAACGUAGUUUGUCUUUUUUUUCUAUAGACUCUUGAGAAUCGUCGAAAUGUGUUCUUGCGUCGAAAUCCAUCGAUUCGGCGUAAUAAUUCUAUUAGGAGACAUCAUCAUUGGCGAAAUUCUCAAGAUCGUGGUACGAUCGAGACAAUGAGAAUCAAUAUGCUUGUUUAGUAAAUUACAAAUGGCGUUACGUUGUGUCGUAUUAAGGAUGUUUAAAAUGCCAUCGAUGUUAUCUCUCCAUUUACGGCGCUUUAGGAUUUUAAGUUAUAUGAGGCUACGAUCGCAUACUAGAGCGUUUGAUACAAUGCACGUUACACGUCACAUUUUUUCCACCGAAAUGUCAUUUAUCACAUAUACUUGGAAAAAAGAAGGACAUGCUUGCGAUGUGAUCAGUGUUACCGUGAGAAAUCCAUCGCUAGGGAUAACAAGAUGUCACAUUAUCCUUCACUGCCACUCUAUGCUACGUCACUAGUGACAUGGGAUUUUAUGAGGUUUUAUGAUAAAUCGUCACGUUUCUAAUCUAACUGACUACUUCCUCCGAAUAGUAUCCAAUUUUUUCUUUCUUUCUCAAUCUGGUAACGUUGAAUAUAACUUAAUGUUUAAUAUCGAUUUGAUAACACAGCAAAAUCAUAGGCCUAUACUUGUUUAAUAAUAUUCUAAUAAAAAGAAAACUAAAUGCCCUAAUUCUAUUAUAAUGAACCAAUAUUGAUUCUUAAAAGCAACUUUUUCAACACCUUUUAUAUUUUGGCGAGAAACUUAAAAAGAAAAAUAUUUGAAAUUACAACUAUUGAAUACAGGGUGUGAAAAACCCAUUAAACAUUUAUUCAAUUAAGAUCCCACUUCGAUGGGAAAAAAGCGACGUGUAAAAUGCAAUGUGUUGAAACACCUAUGUAAUUCUAGCCUAAUAGUGAAAGCAAUAAAAUUAUUUGAUGAUAAAAGAGAUAUGAAAUUAAA